UUGUAAGUUUUGAGUUGAAUCUUCUCUCUGUCUCACCCUUUUGCGUGUGUGUAUUAUGUGUGUGGCCACUAAUAUAGUAAAAGCAGAGUGCGUUGGUAGGGAAGAGCAGAAACAGAGAGAGGGAAAGAUCUUAUCCAUGGCGGCUAUUGCUAGUCUCCAAGCAAUUCAUCUCAACUUCGGGAGACGUGGCAGUAUCCGAUGUGGGAUCUCGGAGCCGAGCGGAGAGCCAGCUCCUAUAGGGCAGAAGACUAGAUACAACGAUGGCUUAGCUGAGAGGGUGUUCAUGGGACUGUUCGCGAGGAAGAUUGACGGAGCGGAAGUACCGUCUAGUAACCGAUAACGCGAAGGAAAGCCAAAUCAUAGGGGAAUAAGGAUGUACGCUACAUCAAAGAUGGAAAAGUUUGGUGGCUCAAAGAAGAAGAAUGAGAUGAAGGAGAAAGGGUUUUGGGACUACGACUACGAGAGCUUCGUUGAGGUUUCAAAGAGGGUGAUGCAAGGAAGAUCUAGGACGCAGCAGCAAGAGGUUGUGAGGGAGGUUCUUCUCUCCAUGCUUCCUCCUGGCGCUCCUGAACAGUUUAGAAAACUGUUUCCACCUACGAAAUGGGCAGCAGAGUUUAAUGCAGCUCUUACAGUGCCUUUCUUUCACUGGUUGGUUGGUCCUUCUCAGGUCAUAGAAGUGGAAGUGAAUGGGGUGAAACAGAGAAGUGGCGUUCGUAUAAAGAAAUGCAGGUAUCUGGAGAACAGUGGGUGUGUAGGAAUGUGUGUGAAUAUGUGCAAGAUCCCAACACAAGAUUUCUUCACCAAUGAGUUUGGCCUCCCACUCACCAUGAACCCGAAUUUUGAUGAUAUGAGUUGCGAGAUGAUAUACGGCCAAGCGCCUCCUGCCUUUGAGGAUGAUCCAGCCACCAAACAACCUUGUCUAGCAUAUAUAUGUUCUAUGUCCAAUCCAAGCUCGCCAGUCUGCCCUAAACUACAAGCAUGAACGGCAUUUGACCAGCCAGAUGUGUUUUUUUCCAAGAGAUAUACAUUACAUACUUUUUUAUAAACAUAUACAGAUAAAAGUCAACAAUGUAAAGAGUCUUGAUACUAGUUAGUAUUCUUUGUUACUAUUCUAGUUGAGUUGUGAAAGUUUAUGAUACACAUACACUUGAGCGUAUACCUCUCUCUCCACUUUUCCGUGAAGCGUAUUUCUGAUUUAAUUCCUAUAGCUAGGGUGUACAAAACUGAACAGGUGAAACAUUAAUAUUUGAAUGGGCCACACCUAAGAGUACAAACAGAAUGAAAAGAGUGUGAUUGGGAGGUGAUUCAUUGAAAGCACAUGGAAGUUGGUUGGCCCAACAAACAAUCACAGACAUUGAACUGUUAUUGUUAGUUACCUAAAGAGUAAGACAGCCUUUGUUUCUGCCCAAUUUUCUUACUCUCUAAAGAUAGCAGCUAACUUUGAGGUCAAGAGAGAGAGAGAGAGAAAGACUCGAGAAAGAAUGAUUAGAGCUGAUAAACAUGUGAUGAGUCUUUCAGCUUUACAACACACUUCCAUCUUCUAAAGUGAUAAUAGAUUAACCCAACUUUCUAUUUCCUUUUUUCCUUUAUACUGAAUACAUUGUUUAAAAAUAAAAGACAUCUCACCACCUCCUUUUACAGCUAAAGCUUAGAUAUGAAGAUGGAGAGGAGUCAUGAAACGAUGAUGACCAGAAUCCCUACUUCAGAUCCUCACAAUACCACCACUUCAGAUAUAAUGGACUCCGUAUGGAAACUUUAUGACAACCCUUACUACUGUUGCUCACAGUCUCAAGAGCAUCAACACCAACGCAAGUCUUUUAUUUGGGAUCUGAAUUUCAUAAGAGUCUUCAUGGAAUCUGAACUAGAGAAAGCUAGAGCCGAGAUCAAGGGGAUGAAGGCAGAGCUGGACUACGAGAGAAAAGCUCGAAGACGGGCAGAGCUGAUGAACAUGAGGCUGGCCAAAGAUGUGGAGGAUGAGAGAAAGGGUAGAGAAGCUGAGGAGAUGCAAUACAAGCGGCUCUUAAAGGAGAGAUCAUCUGAGAAAGCAGAGAUGGUUAGGAUGAGACAAGAAGUUGAGGAAGAGAGACAGAUGCAUAGGUUGGCAGAUGUUCUGAGGGAAGAGAGAGUUCAGAUGAAGCUGUCGGAUGCAAGGCUUUUCUUGGAGGAGAAGCUAUCUGAGUUAGAGGAGUCUAAUAAAGAAAGAGACAAGGAGAGGAACAUGAUCAUGAAAACAAAGAUACUGGAUAGAGCGAGUAGUACACCUGCGAGUGGGAGGUGUGAGAAUCCGCACAUAAAGAGAGGGAUCAAAGGGUUUGUGGAGUUCCCGAGAGUUAUGAGAGCAAUAAGAUCAAAAAGUGAGAAAUGGGGUUCGAAGAUCGAGUGUCAAAAGGUUCAGCUCAAGACUCUUCUCAGACAAAAGACCACUCCAAGAUGUGCUUCUAUUCACUCAUCUGCUUGAUACUGUAAAAGCCUAUAUUCCCUCUCAUUUGUAUCUGAAUAAUCAACAUCUAAGCUGGAAGCUGUACUGUCAAGGACACUCUUUGUUUGUACUAAUAUUCAGUGGAUUUUGCAACA